AUGGUGGAGUCAGUUCAACCAAAGUUUGCGCGUCAAGAACUGGUGAAGGAUGCGGCCUAUAUCAACGGAAAAUGGGUCAAAGAAAGCGAUGCUACAUUUGAGGUCACAGAUCCAGCGAGCGGCGAGGUGAUUGCCACAUUGCCAGAUCAGGACGUUUCCGCGGUGGACGAGGCAAUUGACGCUGCGUACGAGGCGUUCGGGUCGUUCAAGAAGACCACAGGCAGACAGAGGGCCGUGUGGCUACGUAAGAUGUACGAAUUGAUGACGGAGCACGCCGAAGACCUUGGAAAGUUGCUGAGUUGGGAAAAUGGUAAGUCGCUCGCAGAAGGUGUGGGCGAGAUCAAGUACGCGGCGUCGUUCUACGAGUGGUAUGCUGAGGAAGCGCCCCGUGUCAAUGGUACUACAAUCAACUCCGCCGUCCCAGGAAACCGCGUUUUCACGCAGAGACAGCCUGUCGGGGUGUGCGGUAUUAUCUGCCCCUGGAAUUUUCCCAGCGCGAUGAUCACGCGUAAGGCUGGUGCGGCGCUAGCUGCCGGCUGCACUGUGGUGCUAAAACCCGACUCACAGACGCCAUUGUCCGCUCUCGCGCUCGCACAUGUUGCCGAAAAGGCUGGAGUGCCACCUGGUGUUUUCAACGUUGUUCUCUCGCACACGCACACCCCUGAGUUCGGCCUGCGGCUGUGCGAGUCUCCCAAGGUUAAAAAGGUGUCUUUCACUGGCUCCACUGCCGUCGGAAAGAUCCUGAUGAAGCAGUCCGCUUCAACCCUAAAGAAGCUAUCCUUCGAACUUGGUGGCAACGCCCCGCUUAUUGUGUUCGAGGACGCAGACUUGGACAAGGCUGUAAACGAAGCCAUUGCGUGCAAGUUCCGCGGGCUGGGCCAAACUUGUGUCUGCGCUAACAGACUAUAUGUGCAGAAGUCGAUUAUUGACAAGUUCACGGCCAUGUUUUCCGAGAAGGUCAACAAAUUUGUCAUUGGACAUGGGCUUAAGGAAGGUGUGACACACGGGUGCCUAAUCAACCCUGAUGCUAUCAAGAAGGUUGAGGCUCACGCCAAAGACGCCAUUGACAAGGGUGCCAAGGUUGUUGUGAAGGGUGGUCGUCUACCUGAGCUGGGACCUAGCUUUUACUCUCCUACUGUACUGACCAACGUCCCUCAAGACGCAGACGUCACCAAACAAGAAACAUUCGGACCAUUGUGCGCCAUAGUUCCAUUCGAAACUGCUGAAGAGGUCGUCAAGUGGGCUAAUGACACUAAUGUUGGACUCGCUGCUUAUCUCUUCUCUAAGAACGUCGAUACUAUUUACACCGUUUCUGAAGCUUUAGAAACAGGUAUGGUUUCUUGUAAUACCGGAGUAUUCAGCGAAUGUGCUGUCCCCUUCGGAGGUGUCAAGGAAUCUGGUUUUGGCAGGGAGGGAUCUUUGCACGGUGUUGAGGACUACACCGUUAUUAAGUCCACGGUCAUUGGCGGCCUUCCUGAGAGGCUGUGA